UCUCGCCCCCCCUCCUAUUUUUCUUUAUUGCGGUUUGAGCUUCUGGUUUCUCAUCCUCUCCUUUCCCACGUGUUCGGUUUCGAGUUGAUUCCUUGGAGGAGGGGGAUAUGUUCUGUAAAAUUUUCCAUCAUGCGAAAUCCGAACAGCAGUUGAAUAACGUCGUGGUCGACAAAAGAACAUACAACAUGCGCAGUUUCUCACGUUAUUGUUCGAUUGUUGUUGUUUCUACGUGAUUUAUUUCAGAGUUUGGCACAGUGUGGACUGUGGAGACAGACUUUGAGUCAUUGAGUGUGCACUAUAUCAAGAGCUCUUAAAUUUUGGUUGAACUUGUUGGCUUUCUGGCGUCGUCGUGUUGGUGCUCGUUAGGGUCAAGUUAAGGACGCAUUUUGCAGAGCUCCAAUCAGUCAAAAUAUCAGAAGUGAAAAUCAUCCUCGGUUUCUUAUUAGUGGAUUUCUUUCGUCUCAAGCCGUUGAGAGAUGGAUCCCAUUCGAUUAUCCGCUCUGGGCCGCGCCGUCCAAGUCGGAGACUUUUACAAUUAUUACAACGACAACAUUUUGCCAGGUGCUAUCAGAGUACUUAGGCACAGUAAAGACAUCAGUCGCAUUUGCGAAGUGAAGAACUCGUUCUUCUUCCAGCAACCGGACAAAUUCAAGCGUCACAUGCUAGGCAUCCAUUCGCACCUGGAUCAAAGCAUUGAAGGAGGAUCCGUGGACUUAAAGCGUCUCUGGUUUGCUGGUUACCUAGAACCUACGCCAAACGAAGACGCCAACAUGGCAAAAGUUGACGUCAUCUUCCGCAUCACCAAACGAACAGAGGAAUUCGUUCCACAGUAUUUAGACCAACCCAAAAUGACUGAGUAUCAGCUAACUACUGGUGGCAAGGCUACACAUGUGGUUAAGAAGGUCUUCUAUGGAGCCGAGCUAAUCAUUUCGAUGAGACGACCUCUCAAUUUUCAAAUCGAGUCUAAAGCCAGCGCCGAAGGAAACCUUUAUGUGGCAGCCCAAACCUACUUCAAGACCAUCGUUCAAAAUGUGUUUACCGAAAAAGAGCCGACCGAAUUAGACUCCGUUAUAUGCACCAUUUUUUCCAGCAUCGACGCUGGGAACGUCAAGAACGGAACCGUCGAGGACUCGUGUAAACUACUAAUAGAUGCCAUUACUUCUGCUAAUGAUGAAAAGUGGAAGCCGAUGGAUAUUAUCUUGCAAUCUAUUCCGGCACAAGUUGAAGCUCGGCUUUUGUCAGAGAAGAUGAACGACGUCGAGUUCGAAAUGGAAAGGCAACUCGCCAUGUUGAAGACGAUCGUACAGGAGAGUUAUGCCAUUUCAAAAUACCCGUCCAUCGAUCGCGUUCCUCCACUUGAGAAGGCAAUGUGUCAGUUUCUUGAUCUCCUGACUCCGCUCCGGAAGAAAAUUGAUAGUUCCUACUCGCAAUUUCACAUAAAUAUGGACCCUCCGCAGCAAAUGUUAGUCAAAAUUAAAACUAUUGCAAGUCUGCUGACCGAAAUGAACGAUUGGAUGAUUCAUCGUCGCCAAGAAGUGGAGAUUAUGCGUUCAAUUCUGUCAGGCACUAAUUUGCCCAUGUCUGAUUUAGAAGAAAUCAAUAGUAGUGUGUCCUACGGUGAUGGAAAACGCAUCAGAGUUUUAAUCUUGAAAAUGGACUAUGUCCAAGAUCCGCUGAUUGACCGCCUGUCUAAAUUACUGGGGAAUCGUGAAUCUUUUAAAACUCCCGUUUUCUGGAUUGCGACUAGUGGGAAACAUCGGAUUGAACACAUUGCUAAAUCGCUGGCGUCUUUUGAAAAAAUCAGUAGCAGGAGUACAUCGCUGGGUAGCUGUUACCAGAUAGGACUGGUACCAUUCUCUUCGUCCAUGAUCGAUGGAAAAGUAAUAACUGUUGCGUAUUCUGUGGGAGACCAUCCCAAAGUUGCUGCAACCGAGUCAAUCCAGCCUUCGUUCAACAGUCAAGAAGACCAGUUUCCUAGUCCUUCACCGAAUUCAACUUUAUUUCCUCCUUUUAAAACUUCCCUUGUACCAACAGUGUACAACCAUCAGCAGCUGCGGACGCGGAAUGUCAAACAACUCGGUCCUAUUAAAAGUGCUCAUCCAACUGUUGAAGAAGACUGCCCUGCCCAAAAAGAUGUCGAUAGGAAAGAGCCAAUCCCGCCUUCUCCCAGAGAUGGUCAGAUCCAGAAUAAAUAUUCUGAGCCAUCGUUCAGUCUGUUGGGCAGUAUGAAAGACACCAAAUGUGAGCAUGUGAAUUGUACCCCGCCGAUUCCGUCUCCCGCCAACGUAAGAAAAAAGUCGUUUGAAUUGACGAAACAACACGAUUCUAUGAAGCAAGUUCAAAAACAGGACUCUGCUGCUGAUGUUCAGAUUGAGGGGAACGUAAAAGAGAAAAAUCUAAUCACAGAAAAGGGCCAGCCAACGAAGAAGCAAAAUUUGCCUGUAGAUGCUCGCUUUGAGAAGGCGACUCCAAGCAUCAAACCAGAUCCUCCAGCGCAAGAAAAUUUGGCAUCCCGUCAUCAAGCAUCCGCAAUCCUCAAGCAGACUGAGAGGGACGUAUUAGAGCAGAGUGAAGCCAAAGAGAAGAGCCAGACAACAAAGAAGCUUCACCAGUUUUCACCUGUAACAAUUCGCUUUGGGAAUUCCACAGAAAAAUUGCGUGCAACAGGAUUUGACACUUUAUCAGAGGAAAUUUCAACAUUCGAACCAGCUCCUCCGGUGCAAGAAAGCCCACCAAUCCAUCAGCAAGACCUUGAUCGUCAACAGAAUGAAGUUAAAAAUCAAGAGCAAAAUUUCCCCAAGGGAGCUGACAGCACAACCUCAGCUAAAGUUGGAAGAGUAGCUGAAAUGUUUGCGCAAGAGACCAAUCAGUACGCAAAAUUAAUUAAGCAAGGCCAACCGAAUGUUUACCUGCUGAAUGCAAAGGAGAUAUCGGUCAGUGAAGACUUCCGCUGGUUCGACAUCGACCACCAUGACGCCUCUGCUACACCAGAAGUUCAUCGUGAGCACAAAAUAAUCAUUUUGAUGGGCGCCACUGGGUGCGGCAAGAGCACGCUCAUCAACGGUAUGGUGAACUACAUUCUCGGCGUCAAGUGGAACGAUCCAUUCCGCUUCAAAUGUGUCCGGGAAGACGAAACGACCGCCAGGAACCAGGCGAUAAGCCAAACGAGUUCGGUGUCAGCCUACACUCUUCGCCACCAUGACGGGAUGGCCGUUCCGUAUUCGAUCACGAUCAUCGAUACGCCAGGAUACGGAGACACGCGAGGAAUGGUCAGAGACCGGCUAAUCACGCGCAACAUUCAUCAAUUUCUAACUCAACAGGAGAAUAGUGUGGACCAGAUUCACGCCGCCUGUUUUGUGGCCGCUUCUGGCGACAGCCGACUGACGGCCACCCAGCGUUACAUCAUCGACUCGGUUCUUUCCAUUUUUGGCAAGGACGUCAAGGAGAACAUGAGACUGUUGGUGACGUUCGCCGACAACGCUGAUCCUCCCGUCGUCGAGGCCUGCCUGGCUGCCAAUUUCCCCGUGACAUCCGCGUCGGUCGGAAUCACGUUCAGUAAAUUUAAUAGUUCGGUCCUGUAUGCUUCCAACCAAAAUCAAGGAGAUUUCUGUUUCGACGAGCUUUUCUGGGAUAUGGGCCAGGAGAAUUUCUACAAAUUUUUUACGAUGCUGGAAGAAAUGAACGGCCGAAAUCUGAAAUCUACUCGGGAUGUUAUCCAACGACGGCAGCAAUUGGAACAGUCACUCAAAGACAUUGAAACGGAGUUGGAAGGAGCCCUUUCAACCAUUGAAGGCAUGGAGGAGAUCCACCGAAAAUUGCGAGAAUGUGAUAACAAAAUUGAAGCCAAUAAAAAUUUUGUCUUGGAAAAAACGGAAGUGCGUAACGUGGAAGUGAAAUGCGACAAGGGAUUUUCAGCUUACAACUGCAAACAGUGCAAGAAAACUUGCGAGAAACCUGCUAAAAUCAUUAAUUUUGAAAGGAAAAUGUGUACGGACAGGCACUGCAACUGCCCGCCAGCUGCCCACGUUUAUCAACAUUUUUCCUUGGUGAAGACCACAGCAAAGGUUACAACCACGCUACUGGAUAUGAAGGCUGAAUACGAAUCGAAUCACAACAGAAAAUUGAAGACGGAAGACAUCAUGGCGAGCUGUUUAGACGAUUUAAACAUGGCUAAAGGCAAAGUGUUGAGUCUACUGGAACAAGUGGGUGCCAAUGCCAAAUCACUGGAUUCGACUGCCCUCCGUUCAAACGCAUUAAGUCCAGCAGAGUACCUUAGUUUAAUGAAGAGCCGGGUGCUCGAGGAACAAAAGCCCGGUUACUUGACUCGUUUGCAAACAUUGACGGAGCUGCAACAAAGUCUAGCUUUUCCAGCAGUACCAGCAGCAAAGAAGGAUAAGUGUCCCGUGACUCCCACCGCCCAGCCAGGAAAAGUCAACGCGGGAUCUUGCGGCCGUGGUCGUCUGUUGGCGAUGAGUUCUACUGGUAGUCCCGGUGAAUCGACUAAUUCCGGAAGAGGAGAAACGUUAUCGAGAAAUGAGUCUCAAAACUAUUCCGGAUUGUCUAAAAUUCCGCCAGCCGGAGGAAGCGGAACCGAUUCUCGCUAUCAAAGCUGGAUGAGUGGAACCAACAGUCACGUCUCUGCAUCGACUACAUCCGCCAGCAGCCAAAAGAGAACGGAAGAAACCAAGGAAGGCGGAGGAGCUGGUCGUGGACAUGGCAGUGGUCGUGAUAUCACAUCCAAAUGGCAAGAGAAUCCCGUCCAACAAGAAAAAGUUAACGUGGGAUCUGGCGGCCGUGGUCGUGGCUAUCUGUUGAGCAUGGAUUCCACUGACAGCUCCGGUGAAUCGGAUCAUUCUGGAAGAGGAGAAACGUCAUCAAGAUCAGUUCAAAACUAUUCCGGCUCGUCUAACAUUCCUUCGACCGGAACAUCUGCCAGUGGAAGCGGAAGCGGAAGCGCAACCGGUCCUUACUGUCAAAGCUGGAUGAGUGGAACCAACAAUAAAGUCGCUGCAUCGACUACACCCGCCAGCAGCCAAAGGAAUAAAACGGAAGAAACCAAGGCAGACGGAGGAGUUGGUCGUGCUUCUUUCUACUCCAAUUCUGGACGUCAAGUUAGACAUCCUCUAGGUGAGCCUGAAAGCUAUUAUAAAUCAAGUGAGAAAGCUCCCAAGCCUUGCCAAAAGAAAGAUGCUGAAGAUGGUCAGAAACCCGACGUGACAUCAAAAGGCAAUGAAAACGGAUUCUCUUCUGAAGAGGAAACCGAGCAAAGCAACAAACAAACAAAGAAGAAAAAAAACAUUGUCGUAUCUUUUUUUGAAAGUUGGAUUCCAUGGAAAUAGAUGGCUCGUCGUAACUGCAGCUAUGAAAAAUAUUUCGUUGAUUUUAUGACAGCUAAUUCAGACAAAUGUUUUUGCCUUUUCAAAAAGGGAUUUUUAAUAAUGAAUCAAUCUAAUCAUCCAGUUUUUUUUGUCCCAUCUAAGAAAUGAAUACAUAACGGUCAUGUCAUUUUA